AUGUUCUCUUCUCUCAAGUUACAAAGCAAGUUAUCUCCCUUUCAUUUCUACCCGCCACACAUGAUAUUCGUUGAUUCCCACCAUUUCAGCUCACUUCUCUCGACAAUUCGAUUUAUUUGUCUUCUUUUAAUCAUUUUCUGUUGGUUGUUUAUUUCGUCCAUUCUUUCUUUCUUUCUUUCUUUCUUUUUAUUUAUUCCCCUUUCUCUCCGUAUUUCUAUCUUUCCCCAUUGUUUAUUUCUUUCAAUUUCUUUCUUAUUUCUAUUUUUUCAAUUCUUUCAUUACUUCUUAUUUUCUUUCUUUCUUUCUUUCUUUCUUUCUUCGUAUUUCUUUUUCAAUUAUAACUUUCCUUCUUUUUUUCAUUCUUUCUUUCUUUCUUUCUUUCUUUCUUUUUUUUACUUUGCUGUUAUUUAUCCCACUUUCUUUAUUCGUAUUUCUUUCUUUUUUCUUUCUUUCAUUUACUUUCCUGUUAUUUCUUCCUUUUUUCUUUCUUUCUUUUUUUCUUUCUUUCUUUCUUUCUUUCUUUCUUUGUAUUUCUAUCUUUUUCUAUUCUUUAUUUCAUUCUUUCUUUUUUUUCUUUUACUCUUUUUCCUUCCUUUCUUUCUUUUUCUUUUUUCUUUCUUUAUUUCUCUUUUUCUUCCACCUUUUCGGGUGUUAUACUCACCGAUCUUCUUCAGGUGUCUGUGGAUCCGAUUAUAA